UGCUCCCCUAACAUUCCUUCUCUUCCCCUCUCUCCCUCUCUGGUUCAGUAUCAAUGAAGAGCUUUUACGUCCAGAUAGCCAUUCUCCUUCUCUUCAUCUGCGCUGGAGACAGCCUUCGAUCCACUCCUGAUUCUCUGCCGAAUUCAAGCGGGGGCAUGGUAAGAAGUGAUCUGAAAUAUAAGAAAGAGGCUGAUGGGGAUGUAAUGCUCAGCCCCGACGCAACCGGAUCGAGCCUGCCGGAUUGUUCCCAUGCUUGUGGACCUUGCUUUCCUUGCAAGAGAGUCAUGGUGAGCUUCAAAUGUUCGAUCGCCGAGUCGUGCCCGAUUGUUUAUAGGUGUAUGUGCAAGGGGAGAUACUAUCAUGUGCCCUCUAAUUGAAGCAUCAAAGUUUGAUUUUCAAUCUUAAGUUUUAGUUUUUUUGGGUUAAUUAUGUCUAUGAAUUUAAAUGCAUGGUAGAAGUCAUAUAAGAGAGUAGAGUUUAGUUAUCAGAAACAAUUUUGUUUGUAUGUUUACAAGACAUGUGAGAUUU